ACCACUUCCGGAAGAAGAACGGCGCGCGGCGAGGGUCAUUCCCAGCCGCAAACUGAGUGGGCUCAACAGAGAAGCGCAAAGGGGUAAGCUACCAGUCCUGGAGGUUCCGGGGUUCGCCUCGGAGGGCAGCUUCGGAGCUCUCGCAGGUUCGCUCGCUUCUGCAUACUCGUUGCCUCCCGGAGCCAACUCUUAAGUCCUGGACGCCAGGCCUGAGACAGUGCCGCCAUGGACUUCUCCAAGUUCCUGGCCGACGACUUUGACGUGAAGGAGUGGAUCAAUGCGGCCUUCAGGGCCGGCUCCAAGGAGGCGGCGUCCGGGAAGGCGGACGGCCACGCAGCCACCCUGGUGAUGAAGCUGCAGCUGUUCAUCCAAGAGGUGAACCACGCCGUGGAGGAAACAAGCCACCAAGCCCUCCAGAACAUGCCCAAAGUGCUCCGUGAUGUCGAAGCUCUAAAACAAGAGGCAUCUUUCCUGAAAGAACAGAUGAUUCUUGUCAAGGAGGACAUUAAAAAAUUUGAACAGGAUACAUCUCAAUCCAUGCAGGUGUUGGUAGAAAUUGACCAGGUGAAGUCCAGAAUGCAACUUGCUGCCGAAUCUCUUCAGGAAGCAGAUAAGUGGAGCACAUUGAGUGCUGAUAUUGAGGAGACAUUUAAGACUCAGGACAUAGCUGUGAUUUCUGCCAAGCUAACAGGUAUGCAGAAUAGCUUGAUGAUGCUUGUUGAUACACCAGACUACUCUGAAAAAUGUGUGCACCUGGAGGCACUGAAGAACAGGCUGGAGGCCCUAGCCAGUCCGCAGAUUGUCGCGGCAUUCACUUCUCAGGCCGUAGAUCAGUCCAAAGUGUUUGUGAAGGUGUUUACUGAAAUUGACCGGAUGCCCCAGCUCCUGGCCUACUACUACAAGUGUCACAAGGUGCAGCUUUUAGCAGCCUGGCAAGAGCUGUGUCAAAGUGACUUACCCCUGGACCGGCAGCUCGCUGGACUCUACGACGCCUUGCUUGGUGCUUGGCACACACAAAUCCAGUGGGCUACACAGGUUUUCCAGAAGCCCCAUGAAGUGGUGACGGUGCUGCUGAUUCAGACCCUGGGGGCCCUCACGCCCUCGCUGCCCUCCUGCAUCAGCAGUGGCGUGGAGAGGGCAGGGCCAGAGCAGGAGCUCACCAGGCUGCUGGAGUUCUACGACACCACUGCCCACUUCGCCAAGGGCUUGGAGAUGGCGCUGCUCCCCCACCUAUAUGAACACAAUCUGGUAAAAGUCACGGAACUGGUGGAUGCUGUGUAUGAUCCAUACAAACCCUACCAGCUGAAGUAUGGCGACAUGGAAGAGAGCAACCUCCUCAUCCAGAUCAGCGCCGUGCCUUUGAGGUAUGUGUCUGAUUUCACCAGCACUCUCCAGUCCAUACGAAAGAAGUGCAAACUGGACGACAUUCCUCCCAACUCCCUCUUCCAGGAAGAUUGGACGGCUUUUCAGAACUCCAUUAGGAUAAUAGCCACCUGUGGAGAGCUCUUGCGGCAUUGUGGGGACUUCGAGCAGCAGCUAGCCAACAGGAUUUUGUCCACGGCCGGGAAGUAUCUGUCUGAUUCCUGUAGCCCCCGGAGCCUGGCUGGUUUUCAGGAGAGCAUCUUGACAGACAAGAAGAGCUCUGCCAAGAACCCAUGGCAAGAAUAUAAUUACCUCCAGAAAGAUAACCCUGCUGAAUAUGCCAGUUUAAUGGAGAUACUUUAUACCCUCAAGGAAAAAGGGUCAAGCAACCACAACCUGCUGGCUGCAUCUCGAGCAGCCCUGACUCGGCUUAACCAGCAGGCCCACCAGCUGGCUUUUGAUUCUGUGUUCCUGCGCAUCAAACAACAGCUGUUGCUCAUUUCCAAGAUGGACAGCUGGAACACAGCUGGCAUCGGAGAAACCCUCACGGAUGACCUGCCUGCCUUUAGCCUCACCCCCCUUGAGUACAUCAGCAAUAUCGGGCAGUACAUCAUGUCCCUCCCCCUGAAUCUUGAGCCAUUUGUGACUCAGGAAGACUCUGCCUUAGAGCUGGCAUUGCACGCCGGAAAGCUGCCAUUUCCUCCUGAGCAGGGGGAUGAAUUGCCUGAGCUGGACAACAUGGCUGACAACUGGCUGGGCUCGAUCGCCAGAGCCACAAUGCAGACCUACUGCGAUGCAAUCCUCCAGAUCCCCGAGCUGAGCCCGCACUCUGCCAAGCAGCUGGCCACCGACAUUGACUAUCUGAUCAACGUGAUGGAUGCCCUGGGCCUGCAGCCAUCCCGCACCCUCCAGCACAUUGUGACGCUCCUGAAGGCUAGGCCCGAGGACUAUAGACAGGUCAGCAAAGGCCUGCCCCGUCGCCUGGCCACCACCGUGGCCACCAUGCGGAAUGUGAAUUACUGACCCCACCACCCACCUGACCACCAAGAGGGCCAAGACUGCUGUUCCAUGACUCGCCAGCACAGAUUUGCUCAGAAACUCUGCCCAGGAUUGGACAGAAGUUACUUUAAAAAGACUAGGCUCAUUUUCAUAAUCAAAAGGAGUUGUAAAUUAAAGAUGUAUUAUUUAUCAGAGAAGACUUUUUAGAUAAGUUUUUUAAAAGGAUCUGAUCUUGAAAAUGGAAUAAAUAACUACUGUGAAAUGCAA